AGCAGCAUGUGGACCCAAGCUGAAAAGCCUCAGGCUGCUUCCUCAUGACAUCACAUGGUUGCAGAAUGACUCGUUUAACAGUCUGUGAGGCAAGACUUCCUAAACACUGCUGCUCCGUCUCUGAUCUGUUGAUACCGAGAGCAGGAAAAGGCUGCGGCUUCGUGUGUAUAAUCAGUAAAAGGAGCUGGCAAAAAGCUUUGAGCACUUUUAUAUGUUUCAACACUCUCAUGAUCAGAUGCUACUUCCUGUGUUCGUGGUCACGGUGACCACUAGAACCCGACAGUGCUGGAUGCAGGGCCAGUGAGGACACCUAAUGUCUAACAUCCACUCCUAACCGCAACUGAAGUGCACACUACUUACACGUUCUGCCGCUGAGGAGCCCGUACAGCACGUUUCAGACAUGGAGAAGCAGAGCAGAGUCAACGGCUUUGAGAUCAACCCAGAGAGAAGGAGCUCAGACUGGCGCUACGUCGCCCUGCUGGACAAGACCAAGGAGUUCUUCCAGACCUGCGAUGUGGAGGGCAAAGGCUUCAUCGCACGCACUGACAUGAGGCGGCUCCACAGAGAACUGCCGCUGUCUGCAGAGGAGCUGCAGGAUGUGUUCGACUCUCUGGAUACAGAUCACACCGGCUACCUCACGCUGGAGGCGUUCUCCUCCAGAUUCAGUCAGUUCCUGCACGGGCGGAGGAUCUCUGUCACCGAUGACCACACUCCCGGAUCCGUCUUCAGGGCCAAGGAAGCUCUUUACCAGAGCCAGUGGGAGGCCAAACUGUCAGGAGAGGAAGACGAGGAGGAGAGACACUUCUGCAUGCUUCUUGAAAGCCUGGGGGCCAGUAAUGUGUUCGAGGACCCCGGUGAGGUGCGCGGCCUCUGGGCCCAGCUCCGGCGAGAUGAGCCUCACCUCCUGUCCAACUUUGAGGAGUUCCUGGCCAGGGUGACGCAUCAAAUCAAAGAAGCCCAUCAGGAGAAGAAGGAAAUGGAGAGCGCCCUCCAGAGGAAGGCUGCAACACACGACAGUGAGAUUCGGCAUUUGUAUGAAGAGAUGGAGGCGCAGAUCAAAAAUGAGAAGGACAGGUUGCUUCUAAAGGACUCGGAGCGUCUUCAGAUGCGCAGCCAGGACCUGGAGCACCAGCUGUCUUCAAAGGAGAAAGAGCUGGAACAGCUUUUCCAGAAGCAAAAAAGGCUGGAGCUCCAGUGCCGCGACCUGAACAGCGAGAAGCAGGAGAGCCACAUGGAGAACGUCAAGCUGAAGACGACCAACGAGGAGCUGUGCCGCGCGCUGGAGAGCACCAGCCAGGAGCUGGCGCUGGCCCAGGAGCAGCUGGCCGUGCUGCAGGAGCAGGCCGGCCGGCUGCGGCAGGACAAGGAGAUGGAGAUGUACAGAAUCACCGAGGGACUGCAGAGAGAGAAGCAGAGCCUAAUGAAGCAGCUCGACCUGCUCAGGGAGAUGAACAAACAUUUAAAAGAUGAGCGAGACAUGUGCUGCGGCGUGCCUCGAACGUCCCUCAGAAAGAAGCAGAAGCAGCGAACGGGCCUCGCCAACAUAUUUGACGACACCAAACAGCCGGCAAGAAGAGCCCCAUUGUUGGUGGAUGGCUCCUACCAGUCUCUGGAGGCCUUGCCUAAAGAGCACCUUCAAAUCGUGUUUGUUGCUUCCUCCUCCUGCAGCGAGGAAGACGUCAGCGCCUCCUCCUCCUCCUCCCCCGCCACCCCUGCGUGUCAGCAGCGUCCUGCAGCCAAGAAGAACUCCGGCCCCGGCGUGGCCAACGGCUACUUCAGCCCGGCUUCAACCAGAGCGCCGGACACAAAGGCAAAGGCCAGGAAAGCAGCCAGCAAGCUGGGCGCUGCUAAGAGGGCGAUGGGGAAAGACGGCGCAAAGAAAGAGACAGAGAAGAAGACGGGCGUGGAGGAGGAGGUGCUGGACGCUCCUCUGGAUGGGUGGCCCCUGCGUCGCGUCAUCUCCAUCGAGGAGGACCACCUGCCCCACCUGCUGCAAGGGGGGCCCCAGCCUCUUCUUCACCAGCUCAGCGAGGAGGACGAUGAGGAGGAGGAGGAGGAGGAAGCAGAAGCAGCCCAGAGUGACACUGAACCCACCACUGUCGCCCCGCCCUCCAGCCACAUCCCAGUUUUAGCCAAAGCCGCUCAGGCGAGGAAAUCCCGGUUUAGUCGAGCCAAGAAGGCGCCCACGUCUUCCAGAGGACAACCGGUGGGGAAGGAGUCCCAGCAGCAGCCGACCAAAGAGGCGGCGCUGUUCGUCCCCGACCGCCUGUUUAAGGUGGUGCUGGUGGGAAACUCCAGCGUGGGCAAGACGUCGCUGCUGCACUCGUUCUGCGAGGGCCGCUUCCACCCGUUCAAUACGGCCACAGUGGGAAUCGACUACAGUGUGAAGACCCUGACCCUGGACAACAUGCAGGUAGCGAUGCAGCUCUGGGACACAGCAGGUCAAGAGAGGUAUCGCAGCAUAACCAAGCAGUUCUUUCGCAAGGCCGACGGCGUGGUGGUGUUGUACGACGUCACCAUGGACGACAGCUUCAGGGCCGUGCGCGCCUGGUUCACCAGUGUCCAGGAAGCUGCAGGAGAAGGGGUUCCCAUCCUCCUGCUGGGGAACAAAAUGGACAUGGAUGGACAGAGGGAGGUGUCCUUCGAAGAAGCUGAGCAACUGGCUUAUGAGAAUAAAGUGAUGUUCUAUGAGGUCAGCGCCUACACGGGGAAGAAUGUGACAGAGUCCCUGACGCGCCUGGCCAGACUGUUGAUGGAGCAGGAGGACAGGGUGAGGGACACCACGGUCGUCCUGAGCUCUCAGCCCAUACGGAAGAAAGCCUGCUGCAAGUGAAGCCUCACUCUGGAGCCUCAGCGAACACAAACCAAAUCAUGCAAUAACUCAGUUCAAGAGAAAAAUCCUAAACACACAUAGCUCUUCCAAAGCAGAAUAUUAAUUUUUAAAAUGGUAAUUUGUUUGCAUUUAUCUUGUGCAGCCACAUUUGAUUUGGUGUUGAAACAAGUUAUUUCUUACAGUAGCAGCCUUAAAUGAACAUAAGAAAAAAAUUGAGCUUAAUUCUCAGAUUUGUUUUAUUCAUCACUGCUUUUUUGUUCAUCUCGCCUGCAAAACAAAGCGAAUGAUAUCCACAUAUUGUGUCAGUGUUUGUUGUUGUUUGCACCAAAAGACAAUUCUUCUGAAUUACCAUCAAUCAAAGGAAUAAAUAAAUCAUAAAACAUUCUUCUGUAGAAACCAAAACACUUCCACGUGUAAAUAAAUGAAAUGAAGCACUA